AUGCACACUUCAAUCUUCCAGAUUUUCGCACCCAUGCGAAAAUACUUAUCGAUCCUAAAGGUGUUCAUCAGUUUUAUUUUCGUUACCUCCAUGAUACUCAACAAAAAACACAUAAUAAAAAUACCAAUAGAUGCCAUUCCACUGCCGUCCAAAUAUUUGAUCGUAUUUGGUGCCAUACAAAUCAUCGUGGUGAUAGCACUCAGCAUGUGCACCAUAAUAUGGACGGUAAAUAAGCGGGUAAUGGUGUGUUUGGUGUUGAUGCAGUACAUUUUCAUGGUUGCGCUGGGGGUAACCAGCUCAUCGGUCCUACUGCUCUGCGUGCAGGCACUUUUUCUGCUCUCGCUCGAUUUCCUUAUCUACAGAAGAGAAAGUAAGAAAGCGUGGAAUAUAACGCUUGAUACGAGCGCACAGAUAAAAAUGGUGUAUAUGAAGCGUGCUAUUGUGAAUUGCAGGAUGGUUGAUCUUAAUAUGGGGGAGCUUGUGCAGUUUAUAUCGCAGGAGGGUGAAUUUGUGUGUGUAAGAAAGUUCAAUGGUGAGGAGUUCACGGUGCACGAGAGCGAUGUGGUAGAUAACGUAGAAGAUGUGCUUUCGUAGUGCCUGUGACAGGAACAUGCUAUGUUGUUAAUAAAUAUCGGUUGUUUUGAGGA